AUGGCUUUCAUGCUUACGUCUUUAUUGGGAAUGGCUUAUAUGCUAAAUGUGGGGAUUUACAAGGAGAUGGUAGAAAAUGGAGUAAAACCAGAUAAUAUGACCUUCAUUGGUCUGUUGAUGACUUGCAGCCAUAAUGGGCUUAUAGAGGAAAGUCGCGUGGUUUUUGAAACCAUGGGGUCAGUUUAUGGGAUUUCUCCUGAAAUGGAUCAUGUGGCAUGCAUGGUGGACAUGCUUGGCAGAGGCGGUUACUUAGCAGAAGCAAAAGAGUUGAUGAUAAGUACUCAGGAAUAG